AAUACUGUUCCUUUACUACAGGUAGUUUAAGAAGCACUGAUUUUGAUGGGCAGUAGCCUUGUGAAAUCCUCUGUUGCUCCUGGAUGCUGCAGCUGUGUGUAGCUUUGGACUUCUUUCCACUGUGAAGGAGCGGUCUGGAGCUGAAUGUGCAAUACCUCCGAGGUAUGCCUGUAUAGACCAAGUGUAAGGCCUGAGAACAUUCUGUGUUUCCACAUAAAUAGGGAAAGCCCAAUAAAGGAUUGAGGAGCAGCAGUGAGGAAUGAAAAACUAAGAGAAUGUGGUGGUCAAGAAAUGAAGAGAAGACCUUAUAGCAUCAAGAGCUUUCCAUUCCAUUGAACCAUCUUUUACAGUAUCAUCUUUAAUAGCUGCAGAAGAAUUUUUUGUGUGGAGACAUGAAGGCCCAGGCAGCACUCUCUUUCUUCCUCAUUCUCCUACUAUCUCCAAGCGGAUGUCAAGAUGAUACAUUGUUUUUAGCUUCCUUCUUUCAUCUUAGUACUAUGAAUGAGCAAACAGUCAUUGGAAGACUUGAUGAAGAUGUAAUUCUCCCUUGCACAUUUGAGAGUGGACCUGAAGUUGUAAUUCACUGGAAGAACCAAGAUAACAAAAUUUACAAAUACUACAAAAACAGUGACCAAUUAGAAAAUCAAGAUGCCAGAUACAGAAACAGAACAUCCCUCUUCCAUAGUGAAAUUCACAAUGGGAAUGCCUCUUUAUCUCUCAGAAAAUUAAGCCUUCUAGAUGAAGGAAUUUACGUGUGCUACGUGGGGACAGCAACUAGAAAAAUCACACACAAAGUGGUACUAAAGGUGGGAGCUUUCAUCACACCUGCAAUGAAGUAUGAAAAGAGGAACACAAAUAGCUUCUUAAUAUGCAGUGUGUUAAGUGUUUAUCCUCGUCCGAUUAUCACAUGGCAAGUGGACAAUAUACCUACCUCUGCAAGCAGUAUGGAAGAAAAUGGCUCUUUGGGGCCUUUUUAUGUUAACAGUAGAAUAAAUAUUACAGGAUCAAAUUCAUCUUAUGAAUGUGCUAUUGAAAAUUCAUUGCUGGAGCAAACAUGGACAGGGAGAUGGACAAUGAAAGAUGGCCUUCAUAAAAUGCAAAGUGAAAAUUUUUCACUUUCAUGUGAAUUUGUGAACAAUUUUUUUCUACUAAAUCAAGAGUUCAUAGUCACUUGGUCCAGAGUGCAAAGUGGAACUUCCUCCAUCCUGGGUUACUUUCUGAGCUCCUCACAAAAUACAACCAUCAAUGAACCCCGACUUUCAUGGAAAGGAGAGCUAAUAAACCAGAGUGACUUCUCUUUGACUCUGAAGGAUCUUGGCCUUUCAGACAGUGGGGAGUACUUAUGCAAUAUUUCUUCAAGCAAAUAUACUUCACUCACUGUGCAAACAUUGCAUGUAGGACUGAGUCAAAGGACACUUGUCCGGAUAAUUAUUCUGUCUUUGCAUUUGGUGGCUUUGGUUUUGCUGGUAAUUUGCAUAAUCUAAAUCGAGAUGACACAUUUACUGCAACACAGGCAUUCUCAGCAUAACCAGCCAGUACAGUAAAUGAAGACAGGACUGUCAACACACCACAAGCACCCGUACUAUCCAAUGACUUCACCUCCUCUUUCCUCACUGCAAUUACAUCAAUGGCUUGACAUAACUUGACAAUUCUACCAUUGCAAAAAUUUGGAACCAACUUUUUUCCAGUAUCCCAUUCACUCUUCAAGCCCAAAGCAUCAUUCUCUGGCCCCCUACCUGUAAAAAGACUGUACAUGCCUGGAUGCCUGCAUUCCUACUUCAGCCAGCCCAGGAAGCUACAAUGAUGUUCCCACCAAGAACUUAGAAGAAGUGCAUCACUAAGAGCUAGUUCAACAUCUGAUCAGCCGAUGAUGGGUGAGAAAGCAGAAGAAGACAAUUAAUUGCUGAGACAUUCUUUUCUGUGAAUGGUCAAUAUCAGUUUAACCAAGUAGAUUUGGUAUGAUGAGUCUUAGGGACCCAGUCAGUAAGAAUGACAGUAUCUCCAAGCCUGCCUAAGGCAAAGGGUUCUAUCAAGUUAAGAACUGACACCUCUCAACCCCAGGUGCAUAGCUGAGUGACCCUAGCCAUGAAAAUAAUUUGGUUCACCCUUCUGGCUUAGUUGUCAUAUUGAUUCUCAUCCUUAUAAAUAAAUUUGAUUUCCAUGAAAAUUUUUAUGCAAGGAGAGAAUAGAUAGCCCCGCUGACUUGAUGAUGAGUUCCACUUAAUUUUAAUCAUCAAUUUAUAAGAAAGAAAAAUCUAACCAGGAUUUUUGAGACUUAGUCAAUCAAGUCUCACCUCUUUAGUUUACAGGAGAAAACCAAUCCUGAUUUGUGUGUGAAUGCCACACUUUGUCCAAUUUUCCCUAUCAACUGGCCUUAACUUCACAAUCUCAUACCUUGUACAGUUUUGUUAACUCUAAGUAUUUGCCACAAUAUUGUGGCAGAUAUUCAUCAUUCACUGUAAAGUUCAUCAUAAACUGUAAAGUAUGCCAUCGUAAAGAAAAAAAAGGACCACAGGACACUGUGAAGAGAAAAUGCUCAGAACUGCUGUAGUCUUCUUACAACAAUGAGAGGGACAAAUUCAAAGAUCAAAGCCAGUACACUGAGGAUAGCAGACAGGAACAAGCCUGGGUCUUUCAACAUGGCUGAGUUCCUGAAUUAGUCUUAGAGCCACCUGCAUGAAUCAGGAUUGGAUCAGAGAGGCAGACUGCUGAGAAUGACAGAGAAUAAGGAUUUAUUGUAGAGAUUUAACCUUACACAACUGUGGGCCCAGGUGAAGUCUAUGGCAAGCUGUCCCCUCUGCAUCUGGUGCAGGACCUGAAGUUGCUGCAGGUCAGCAGUACCAGCGGUCAGGGAGGGGAGUGGAACACAGAGUGACCUGGAACCCAUAAGAAUGGGACAAACAUAUAUGGUCAAUAAAUGCACAAUAAAGGAGCUAUGAACAUACAAUGGAGAAAUGACAGCCUCUUCAACAACUGGUGUUGGCAA